UCUCCUUACUAAACUAAAAACUGAAGAAUAAUCAAGAACUGCAAAAUAAACUUUAAAAAAAAAUGACAAGUUCAAAUUUGGAAGUGAAAUCUUCAUCAUCUACAGCUCCUUUGCAAGUUCCAAACUUUAAUCAUACCCCUUAUUAUUGUGAGGAAAACAUUUACCUGCUAUGCAAAAAGCUAUGUGAUGAUGGGCUGGCAGAUCCUGAUGGUUCUGAUCUGUUUGUUAUUUUCAUUUCAAAUGAGAAAGAGCAGAUUCCUCUGUGGCAUCAGAAGGCUAGCCAGCGAGCAGAGGGAGUUAUUCUGUGGGACUAUCAUGCCAUCUGUGUACAAAAAAAGAGAAAUGAAAACUCUUCAUCCUUAGUGUGGGAUUUAGAUUCAAGCCUUCCGUUUCCAUCUCCUCUUGGCUCCUAUGUCGCUGAAAGUAUUCGUCCAUCAAUUCAGAUAUUUUCAGAAUUCAAAAGGUGUUUUCGAGUUGUGCAUGGCCCUAUAUUUCUCCGACACUUCGCAUCAGAUAGAAGACAUAUGAAGGAUUCUGCUGGAAACUGGAUUGCUGAACCGCCAUCGCACGAAGCUAUUGUUGCUGAAGAUGGAGCCGUACACAACCUGAACGAGUACAUUACAGUCUCUCCAGAUGAUGUAGUGAAAAAUGUGGAAGCUGAUACCAUCAAUGUUGUUUUCUCGGAAAAACUUGGCGUCGUAGUUGGUGAAAAUGAUUUGUUGGGAUUUUUCUCUUUGAUUUCCUGAUGAGAGUUGAAAACUGUACUAGCUGAAAGUUGAAAUCAUGGUCUUGGAUUUUAACAUGUAAAAAAGAAAGUGCUUUGUGAGAGUCUUGCCAAUAGAGGGGUGGUGUGGAAGAAUUCUUGUUUGGUCAAGUUUUUUGGAGUGAUUUUAUUUUUUAGAACUUGUACAAACAUUUUCUUGGCUGGUGAACAUGGUUGAAGGAGGGCACAUUAUACAGUACAGUGAUUUCUUCAAAAUACUCUUCAUCAAAACAAAAUUAGCAGUUUCUGAGCUA